AUGUUAUGGAAUGUACUGUUUGUGCUAUUAGUGAGUAUCGUGGUUUUGAUAUUAUUUUCCCCAGUUUUCAAGUCUACAUGGCCGUUUUCGACUCUUUACCGCAGAGUAUUUCAGCCAUUUGUAAGCGAUGACCAAAAAUAUCGUUGGAAGUUCCAUUUGGUUCCCCUUUUUUACACUUCAAUUUACCUGUAUCUAGUAUAUACAUACCAUGCGAAGGUAGAGCCCUUGAUCAAGAAUGACCUGUUCCUUCUGGAACGGAUACUUAUCGGGCCGAUCAUUAUACUACCUCCCGUAGCAUUGGGAAUUCUGGCCAUGGUAACCAAAGCCGAGGAUUCGAAUGUCCAUAGGCCAGGCUCAACAGAAAAAUAUCCGUACGAUUACUUGAUAUAUUAUCCUGACGUUCAAUGUUCCACAUGCCGUAUUACCAAACCUGCUAGGUCCAGACAUUGCAGUAUUUGCAAUCGAUGUAUUCUGGUAGCCGACCAUCAUUGCAUUUGGGUAAAUAACUGUAUCGGAAAAGGAAACUACAUCCAAUUCUACCUUUUCCUGAUUUCUAACAUAGUCUCAAUGAGCUAUGCUUUUCUAAGGCUAUGCUCGAUAUCUUUAAAGAGCUCAACUGCACUCCCUAGAGCGGUCUUGACUCUAAGCAUAUUAUGCGGAUGCUUUACUAUUAUUUGCGCCAUUUUCACAUAUCUUCAAUUGGCCAUUGUGAGGGAAGGUAUGACUACAAAUGAGCAAGAUAAAUGGUAUACUAUUCAAGAGUAUAUGAGAGAGGGAAAACUGGUUAGAUCAUUAAACGAUGAUCCCCAAUCUUGGUUUCUCAAACUCACAGAAAAAGGUGAUGCUGCCGAACCUCUUCAAGACCAACAAGGUACAUUUUACAGUACAAAUGCCUACGACCAUAAGCGCUACAUUUUAAUGCACUACAUUACGAUUAAAGAUGCGUCCGAAAUCACAAAUGUAUAUGACAAAGGUACCUUCCUGGCUAACUUCACAGACUUAAUACAGUAA